AUGAGUGAGGACGAGCAAGUGGGUCAAGAUAACAACUCCCAAGAUAACUUUCAAGAAUUCAUCGCCUCAAGAAAGAUUGAUCUAGAAGCACUUAAGAGAGAAGAGGGUGCAGGAGAAUUGCAAGAACUUACCAGCAGACAUCUUGGUAUUCUCAAAAAGGUACAAACAUAUAACUACUUUCACGAUUUUAAUCAUCAUAAAUAGAGAUUAGAAUCUUAUCCAUUCAAUCCUCUUGAAAACUUUAGACAAAGAGCUGAUCUCAUAAGUCACUUUGCUGAAAAGGUCUAAGAAGCUUGCUUCAAUGCUGUUGCUGAGGACAACGAUGUACCCAUGCUGACUAUUAGAGAGGGUAUUAAAUUCAGAAACUGCAUCUAAAAAUUCCAAGUUCAAUUCUCUACUCUUAAGCCAAAUCUUAGAGAUGCUGAGUUCCACUUCUUAAACUAAAAGAUCAUCCAAUUUGGUGAAAAGAACAUCCCUGAAUUAAAAGGCAUUUCGACAGACCCUUACGAAGCCGAAAGAUUUGAAGCCUUAAAGAUCUUAUAAGAGAGGAGACAAUAAGAAAAAAUCACUUUUUGA